AUGGCUGAGAACAUGCAGGUUGGGAGGCUAGACCUCGCCAGCCGAACCAUUGACUUGACAACGGUUUUGCUUCGGGCAACCUCGUCGUCCGGGUCCCUGCUCAAAGGCGCCUGGGAGAUUGGGCAGUGGCUCGGCCGCGAAAGGCUGAACCAGUACGAGCUUCUCGACUGCAUGGAGAAGGCCAAGGGCUUCGCGUUUGCGAACCAGAGCGGUCAGCAGUUCUUCGACAAGAUCAUACAAGGACUCGAGACCUUCCCGGUUCGUCCAUUAUUCCUGCAGCAGUCAGGGUCGCUGGGCCGACUGAUGGCCGGGGAUCCGAGCCUGAGCUGGAUCGUGUCGACGGUGGCAUGCCUCUUCCAGCACCACAGAGAUGACAUGCUCGUGACCGACACAGUGACGGCGUGCAUCAUGGAGUCUCACCGCCUGAGAGAGCAAGAGCACGAUGUCGUGACUCGAGACACAUUCAUGUAUAACCCAGAACAUACAAGAGUGAGAGCAGUGGUGCGCAAGAUUGUCUCAAGCGUGUGGUACAACGUCGUCAACGUUGGCUGCGACACGGUCCCGCUGCCCGACGAGCUCCUGGCCGUCUGUUCACGAGGCCACUACCUCGACCCUGGCGACUUCGGCAUCGUUGUCAACACCAUAUAUGCUCGAUGCCCGUCCAAAGCCAUCCUGCGAACAACUCAUCUUCUGCGCGAUGUCAUGCUGUGGCUUCUCUUGCACUACGAUGGCGCGAUCGUCGUCAAUGUCGGAGGUCAUAUCGUCUACCGCGCGGACUUCGGCAACCCUCUGCGCGAGCUCGAGGUCAACGUCGCUUCGCCCUGUCCCCAAGAAGGUGACUGUGGCGGCGUGGGCCAGGCGUCGUACCAAAUCCUCCGCCACGUUUCAGGAAAAUUUGAAGAUUUUCUGACAGGCUAUAUUUCUUCCGACUUUGAUGACUCACUGCCGCAACCGGGAAUCCGGCAGAGGUUGUACGAGAUUCCUCGGCUAUAUCCCAGGGCUAGUCCCAUGUGGAACGAGAGUGUGCAGAUAUUGAUCAAGUGCACAGCGCAGUCUAUAAUGCGGUGGUUGCUAGGCGUGCCGCUGUCCCCCCAAACAGAUUCCCCGGGGUUUAGUGCCGAGCCGCUCCGACAGGCCGCCGAAGGCGAAAUGACAGUCUCCCUAGCGCUAGGAAACGUGCCAUCAAUCAUCAGCUUACAAUGGGGCAGCUCGCCCGGUCCUCACGUCACCUUCAAGAGCCCGGCAGAAGUUCAUUCUAUCCUUAGCGACUAUUCUAAAUUGGGGAACGGCGGCUUUACGGGCUACCGGUUGACCUACCUGCUCGAAUUCUUCCCAAUUCUCAAGGACAUGGCAUCUAAACUGGGUGCAGAAUGCCAGUGUUCAGAAUGCUCAUUAGUGAAAAGGGGGUCUGUGGCGAGCACUCUUAGGCCAGGCUGUCUUCGUCGCCUAGCCGUGGAAGAAGCUCUCUUGCUCCUAGCUCACGGUGUCGCGGAUGGGUUCUGCGUCGACACUGCAUCCUCUGUUUCUGAUACUACCGAUAUUGUCGAAGGAAUGGCUACUCUGCUCUUGGAACUUAUCGAAGACAGAAAGGUCAUGUGGAAUACCUGGUUCACCGUAGCAUCGUGUGUUUACCUGGGUUGCCCAUUCCAGAAACCCGUGGAACCGACACACCCAGCCUUCGGCGGGACGGCAUUUGCGGCGAUUCAGUACGGAGAUUUGGCGGCGCAGGCACCCUGGCUGGACUUGACUCGCGAGCUCUCCGUGCAUGGAUGCUUCCGCAUUGUGGGAUCGAGGGGCCGACUUGGGGUGGUGACGCGGAGGCAUGAAGACGUACAGUUUCGGAGCGUCGAGGAGAACUUUGCGAUUAUCGAAACUGAGAACACAGAGGACACGUCCCACUUCUGUUCCCGCUACAAAAAGGCAGCGUCACUUAUUGACCAUGGUCUGAGAGUAGACGAGGAUAAAACGUCAGUGAAAUCUGAUGUGAUUCUUUGCCAGAUAGACGAGAAAUUCUAUCGUCUCUCAUUUCGCAUCCAGACCAAGAGCCAUUGGCGAAUCGUGGACCCAAGCGAUGCCUUGAGCGCCACAAUUAGAACUGGCUCUUCAGCCAUCUGUCAGCACAACGGCCAGCCUCCCGAGAUCGUACCCCUGAACGCAAAGAUCUACACAAUGGACGAAGUCGUUGGACGAUGGCCAGACGUUGUCCGGAGUUCCGUUGGGACUACAGGUAGCGGCCGUGCCACAAAUAGCGGUAUAUUCCACCUGACACAUGUCCUCGACACUCAUCUGAAAAGGAAUAUCGCCCUCGCUCUAUCCGUUUGCCCAGUUGCUGUACCAAAUUACCCAGAUAUCGCUUGCACUACAUGUACGCUCGAACACGCGGGAAAGGUGGAACGGAAGCCCUACCGGGAGGGCGAGGGAGGGGAUCCGGCAGAUCGCUAUGUCAUCAAUCUCAUUAAGGACCUAGCGGGGCAAGAUGUUCCAUUUGGGCGUAGGUUGAUAGUGGCAAAAUGA